CGAGCCAUGGCGGCGGCUGGGGCUGGGAGCAGCGCUGCGGCGCAGGGAGGAGGACUCGGCCGGGAGAUCACGAUCGUCAGCUCCGACAAGCACGAAUUCCACCUGCCGGAGGCCGUGGCUCUGGUGUCAGGCAGCAUCCGGACCCAGAUCGAGACCUUCCACUUGAGCAGCGCCGACACCAGCAUCACGCUCAAGCUCCUGGAUGUCACCGCCACGCCGCUCGCCAUGGUCUUGGAGUACUGCCGCCGGAAGGCCGCGGACGGCGGGUGGGACGACCGCGACUUCAUCGGCCGCGACGUCCGCCAGGGGCUGCUCUACGACAUACUCUACGCGGCGACCAACCUCGAAGUAGAGGGGCUCGUCGACCUCGCCUGCAAGCGCGUCGCCGAAAUGAUCAGGGGCAAGCCGCCGGCGGAGAUCCGCAGGAUGUUCGGCAUCGAGGAGGAUGGGUUCACGCCGGAGCAGCGCGACGAGAUCCGCAGGGACAACUCGUGGAUCAAGAUGUGA